AUGCUUGAAGCGAUUGCUUCAUAUGAUUUGUGGAUCUGGCAUGCUUACUUUGGCCCUGCUAGUUUGAACAACGACAUCAAUGUCCUCAACGAAUCAGAUUUGUUUGACGAUUUGCUUCAGGACAGGGCUCCUAAAGUAGAGUUUUCGGUGAAUGGCCACUGGUUUGGAAAGGGAUAUUACCUAGCAGAUGGUAUUUAUCAUGAAUGGGUCACUCUUGUCAAGUCUUUCAAGUGCCCGAUGGACCCGAAAACCACCAAGUUCAAGAGAUACCAAGAAGCUGCAAGGAAGGAUGUCGAGCGAGCAUUUGAGGUUCUUCAAGGUCGUUGGCAGAUUGUUGAGCAACAAGCCCGGGCUUACAGUGUGAACAAGAUAAAACGUAUCAUGUUAUGUUGUGUGAUUGUGCACAACAUGAUCGUUGAAGAUAAUGGGCGCGCAAUCACACCGUUUAAAGAAGAGUUGAUAACUAAUAUUGUCCUCCCAACUCGCACGUGGAAUGAAAGGUGUUCAACACAGCUUCGUAUGUAUGGGGAGUUGCGCGAUAGAAGGACUCAUCAUGAACUCCGCAAUGCUCUAAUUGAACAUGUUUGGAACCUCCCGAAACGCGGCCGUCAACGUUGA